AUGCAACACCUCUUCACGCAGCAGCAGCAGCACUACCCGGGCGAGUGGUCGCAGGGCCAUCACCAGCACCCCAACCACCAUGUAGCUCAGCACGGUCAACUCCAGGCGCAGGCGCAGGCUGCCCAGGCGCAAGCUCAAGCACAGGCUGCCGCUGCCGCGGCUGCCGCCGCGCAGGCCCAACAGCAACACUACCAACGGAUCGCGGGCAACAAUGGGACAGCUGUCUCUGGCAAUGGCAUCGUGCCUCGGGGUCCCGCGAACGAUCUCCAGGCCAACACUGAGAUUGGCAUGACGGAGGAGAACAGGCGUGUGCUCGACUGGAUUGCGCAGCUCAUGAAGCCAGCAACACGCGAGUCCGCCCUGCUCGAGCUGAGCAAGAAGCGUGAGCAAGUACCAGAGCUUGCUCUGAUUCUCUGGCAUUCAUUCGGUGUUAUGGCCUCCCUUCUCCAAGAGAUCAUCUCCGUCUACCCCCUGCUCAACCCGUCGCAGUUGACGGCCGCUGCUAGUAACCGCGUCUGUAAUGCGCUCGCGCUCCUCCAAUGCGUGGCGUCCCAUACCGAGACUCGUGGCCUCUUUCUGAGUGCGCAUAUCCCACUCUUUCUCUACCCAUUCCUGAACACCACUUCGAAGUCGCGCCCGUUCGAGUACCUCCGUCUGACUUCCCUCGGUGUGAUCGGCGCCCUUGUCAAGAACGACUCUUCUGAGGUCAUCAACUUCCUCCUCACAACAGAGAUCAUUCCUCUCUGCCUUCGUAUUAUGGAGACAGGGUCAGAGCUCAGCAAGACGGUUGCUAUCUUCAUCGUUCAGAAGAUCUUGCUUGAUGACAUCGGCCUUGCGUACAUCUGCCAGACCUACGAGCGCUUCUACGCAGUUGGAACUGUGCUUAGCAACAUGGUCAACCAGCUUGUCGAGCAGCAGACAGUCCGUCUUCUCAAGCACGUCGUUCGAUGCUUCCUUCGCCUGAGCGAUAAUGCUCGCGCUCGCGAGGCUCUGCGUCAGUGCCUUCCCGAGCCCCUCAGGGAUGCGACUUUCUCUUCUGUACUUCGAGAUGAUGCAGCCACCAAGCGUUGUCUUGCACAGCUGUUGAUCAACCUUUCCGACAACGUCGUUGAUGCGGCCAACAACCAGCAGCUGAUGCACUGA